GUAUCUUAUCGAUUUCAGGGCAAAUAGGACUAUCUGUCAUAUAUUUGCUAUCUAGAGGUUAAACAAAAGCUGCUCAGUAGGUGGGUUGGGAGAUGACAUAUUGUGCUUUUAGAGGUCACAUCGUUUUAAUGAAUUUAAUUUAAAUGCUCAAAUAAAGAAAACGUACCUGAUCAAACAAAGGAAAAACUUUGCCUCAACCAAGGACACAAGCUCACCUUCACUUUUUUCAUCAUCGCUACCAAAGACGACGCGCAGCGCCGAAAAGAGUCACUUCCGAAUGCGGUGCCUAUAUGGUCAAAGGGUUUUUGCAGAAUCAGAGACUGUAAAUUCCUUUACCUGGAUAGAAACUGUGUCUGUGCGAAAACUUUUUCUACUGAAUUGCAGCAAUUUAAUAAGUUCUGGACCAAAGCACCACUUCGAAGACAUAGAAAAUGGCUAGUGGAAUUGAUGGCCCGGGUGUUGGUGAUUCACCCCAGCAAAUGCACAUCUCUCCUAUAGCUGGAGAUAAGGUUACCGCCGACCCAGUUAGGUUCCAAGUUUCUUAUGGUGAUGGGAUGUCUUACACGCCAGCUGCUACUUCAACUCAUCAUGAUGAUGUGCCGGCAGUUACUGUAUCAGAACCAAUGGAUAGUCAUCUAAGUUUUGCAAAUUUAAUGUCAAUGCAGGACCAACCAGAAUCUUCUGAUGUAAUGCGGCAGGUCUAUUCAUCCCCUAUACUGCACAGUAACGAAUAUAAUACGCUGAGGUCAGCAACUAGAAGAGUAGAAAGCUUUCAACAAGACUCCAGAAGGCAAAGUUCAGAAAUGAGAGGAUCAAGUGCAAUUCCUGUAGCUGAUAUGGCAGCGGCUCAAAGAGCUAAUAGACGGCCAUCAGGUCUUGCUGAUGAAAUUGAUAAAGUGCUUGAUGAGGCUUCUGGAACUACCAGGCCGUAUGCCGAACCUCUCAAAUUGCAGCUUGAUUUUGGUGAUCCUGAUAUUGCCUCAGAGGUGUCUAAUUACAACGACCAGCGAUAUAAUGACGCCGAUUAUUCGUCUCACAGAAGAAGCCAAAGGCAUCAUUCCAAACCACUCGCGGCACACUUAUCAAGCCAUGACAUGAAGUCUAUCAAAUCACGAGCCGCUGCCGCCGCAGCAUUAUCAGGAUCAGAUAAAGAGAAGAAGAAAAGUCGAAGAAGACAUAGGUCUUCAUCUUCUUCAUCAUCUCAUGGAAGUACAUCUAAAUCUCCUGGUGGAGGAGGAAGUGAUCUGCUUCCUGCUGAAAGAAAAAUUAAAAGAAAAGAAAAGAAGAAGAAAAAGAAUGUAAGAAAGUCACUCACUGGUCCUCUUAGACAACGAACAUUGAGUAUCCCAGAAGAAGAAGAAGAUGAUGAGGAGUUUAUGAGGCAUCUCGAUGAUGAUCUUGAGGAAGAAGAUGAGAGUGAGGAGGAAGAAGAGGAGGAAGAGGAAGAAGAUUCUGAUAAAGGUCCUGAUGACAGAGGUGAAGAAAGACAUGAUGAUGAUAAAGGAGGUGAUUCAAAUCACAGAAAACCAGAAGAUGAUGAUGAUGACUACGUUCGUAAAGUAAAUGAAGUGUCAACACCUGCCGGUACGAGCACUGAUGUUGUCGACACUGGAAAAGAAAAAAUGAAGGUUGGAUUUUCAAUUGGAGAUGAUGAUGGCGAACGACCUGCGAGUGUCUUAACUGUGCCUUCUAUAUUAUCAUCCAAGGCUUCUCCAUCCGGUCAUCGUAAAUCCAAAACUGCGACAUUCAAAUUAGGAGAAGAAAGUGAGGAAGAUGUAUUACAAAGAAGGCAUUCUGCGACGGCCAUUGAUGAGAAGAAAAAAAAGAAGAAACACAGACAUUCUCAUCACAAGAGAGGAAGGCACAGCAGCAUCACAAUAAGUCAACGACGAGCUUCUGGAAAACAAUUGAGAGACUUGGAUGAAAUGAAAGAGGAAAAAAUGCGGCGGCAACUGAACUCUGAAGCUGAUGAAGAUAUAAGAAGUCAUAGGUAUGAACAUCAUGCUGGAAUUCGGAAACAUUUGUUACAUCGACCUGUUAAGAAAAGAAGAGUGGGAAAAUUACCAGAAACACAAAUACCUAUGGAUAGAAGACCACAUGAGGUGUUUGUUGAAUUAGAUGAAUUAGUAUCAGGAGAAUGGAAAGAAACAGCAAGAUGGAUCAAAUUUGAGGAAGACGUAGAAGAGUCUCAACAAUGGGGAAAACCGAGAGUUGCAUCUUUAUCUUUUCAUAGUUUGCUCGAAUUGAGAAAAACAAUUGAAAAAGGUGCAGUUGUUCUUGAUUUGCCUCAUGAUAACUUGACUGACAUCGCUAAUGCCGUUGUGGAGCAGAUGGUUCAGUCUGAUCAAAUUCGAGCAGAUGAUAGAGGAAGCGUACUCAGAGUUUUACUUUCAAAGCACAAACAUCUUCCUUCCAAAAGUGGAUUCAGUACUAAUUUUUCAACAGCAAGUUUAAGUAGUUUCUUUAAUCCAAGUUCUACUGGGCUUGACAAUAUGGAUGAUGAGGAAUCAUCUGUUAGUUAUAGUACUGCAACACAAGAACCGAAAAUACCAUUAUUGGAUGGAGACAGCUUUUCCGAGGCCGAGAGAGGAAGAUCAGGAAGUGUUGUUCGACCACCGCAUUCAAGUCAAUCAGCAAAGGAUUUGAAAAUUAUGAAAAAAAUUCCACAGGAUGCUGAAGCCACUGCUGUACUAGUUGGUUCUCUGAAAGACCUCGAACAACCGACAAUGGCAUUUGUAAGAUUGGCUGCUGGAGUGGAUUUAGAAAACGUUGUUGCAUUGCCGAUUCCAAUCAGAUUUUUAUUCAUACUUCUUGGACCAAUCACUGAAGAUUUUGAUUAUCAUGAAAUUGGUCGAUCAAUCUCUACCUUGAUGGCAGACGAGGAAUUUCAUGUUGUUGCUUAUCAAGCUGAAACACGAGGUGAUUUGUUGCGAGCCAUCAAUGAAUUUCUUGAUGAUUCAAUCGUGUUACCACCAGGACAACUUGAGAAUCCAGAACUGUUAAAAAAUAUCGAUCGAUAUCAAAAACAUUUAGCUCAAAGAAAUAAAAGGAAACAAUUGAAAGCUAUUGCUGAGAAGAAAGAACCUGAAAAACCACCUGAGGACCCACUGAAAAGAACGAAGAAAUGCUUCGGAGGACUUGUUCGUGAUGUCAAACGUAGAUACCCAAAAUAUUGGUCUGAUAUCCGUGAUGCCUUCAAUGCCCAAUGUCUCGCCUCUUUCAUUUUCAUAUAUUUUGCUGCUCUGUCUCCUGCUAUUACAUUCGGUGGUCUUCUAGGUGAAAAAACUGGUAACCUGAUUGGAGUUUCAGAAAUGGUUCUUGGAUGUUGUGCUUGCGGAUGUAUAAUGGCGUUAUUCUCUGGACAACCUAUGUUAAUUGUUGGUGCUACUGGUCCUCUCUUAGUGUUCGAAGAAGCUGUUUAUGGCUUUUGUGUUGGAAACGGUCUUCCUGUUCUUGCUACGAGAUUUUGGAUCGGAUGCUGGAUUUGUAUUAUUGCAAUUGUUACUGUUGCAUUCGAAGGAUCCUUCUUGAUUCGGUUCGUCAGCAGGUUUACUCAGGAAAUAUUUGCCGUUCUCAUUUCUUUGAUUUUCAUCUAUGAAACUUUCAACAAGCUAUUUAAAAUCUAUGGUCAACAUCCUCUAAUGGCGUCUUAUUGCAAUCUAACUGUCAACAGUUGCAACAAUUCUGUUGACAAUAUGAACACAACUGACUUGGAUUUCAAUUUAACAAUGACUGCUGCUAACACAUCAAUGUGCAACAAUGGAACUAGUAUCUAUGAAACAACCUUAGAACCUCAACCAAACACAGCAUUAUUAUCUACUUUACUUAUGUUCGGAACAUACAUUAUUGCAAUGCAGUUGCGUGAAUUCAGGAAUAGCAAAUUCUUGCGAAGCUCCGUCCGGCGCACCAUAGGUGACUUCGGUGUUCCCAUUGCAAUUUUUGUUAUGGUUUUAUUUGAUUACUUGAUUAAAGAAACUGAGACACAGAAACUAUCACUGCCAGGUGGAAUUUCGCCCACUGAUACAACACAACGUGGAUGGUUGGUGAAUCCAUUUGUUGAUGAAUAUACUGGUCGGGUAAUGCCAGUAUGGAUGAUAUUUGCUGCCAGUCUUCCUGCCUUCCUUGUUUUUAUCCUUAUUUUCAUGGAAUCUCAUAUCACAGAAUUAAUCGUCAGCAAAAAAGAAAGGUGUUUAAAGAAAGGAACUGGUUUCCAUCUAAAUCUAUUGGUUUUGGGAAUGGUCAAUUGUCUUGUAUCAGCAUUUGGAAUGCCUUGGGUUUGUGCUGCUGCUGUGCGUUCCAUCACUCACACAAAUAGUUUAACGGUGAUGAGUCAAACACAAGCUCCUGGUGAAAAACCAAAAAUCGAAGCAACUUUGGAACAGAGAGUUACUUGCUUUCUUGUUAAUGCAGCUCUAGGUUUAUCCAUACUGAUGGCACCAAUUUUGAAGGAGAUUCCUAUUGCUGUAUUGUUCGGAAUAUUUUUAUACAUGGGUGUGACGUCACUCACAGGUGUUCAAUUUGUUGACAGAAUGGAAUUAUUAUUUAUGCCAUCGAAACAUUAUCCAGAUUGCGGAUAUGUAAAUGCGGUACGCCCGUUUCGUAUUCACAUAUUUACAAUCAUUGAAAUUGUUUGUCUGGCUAUAUUAUGGGUCGUAAAAUCCACUUCAGCAUCGAUUGCAUUCCCGUUCUUUUUGCUGCUUACCGUUCCAUUGCGUCGAUUUCUGCUACCGAAGAUAUUUACAGAUAAAGAGCUGCAAGAGCUUGAUGGAUAACACAGUGUGUGAAGUUUUCAUCAAAGCUCAAGACAGCUUGUGCGACGUACCCACCGCAGAAAAGACAAAAUACUUUGGAAAGUAUUAAUUGUGCUUUGGCUUGCGGUGCGUUGGUUGCAUUUGCUGUGAAUUUCUUCUCUCUAUGCUUAGAACUGAUAAUGUGUGUUGUGUAUCAUAGAACUGCUAUUUGACAAUCGUUUUCUCACAAUUUGUGCAAAUUUUAUUGUUAUAUAUAAUUAUCAAGGCUUGUGGCUAACUAUGUAAAUGUGUGACACUACUUCAAUAUGCUUUUGGCCAUGCACUAGUUUGAACAUUUUCCAAUAACAUAAGAGCUGGUGACAUCCGUAACCAUCUCACCACUAUUAUAUUGUAUGAAAAGCAUGCAAUUUUUGCUGAAGUGGAUCUUCAAGAAUUUACAAACAUUUUCUCAAUUUGUCACUGGAGACUUUCUGAACUUUUACUGCUUAAUUUCACUGUAUUGCAUAAAUAGUUGGACCAGCAAACCAGCAAAUACUAACUAGUAUAAGAAUUUUUUUUGCAUUCAUUGGUGUAUUUAUCAGUUAUUUGUCAUGCAAAUAAAUUUUCUUACUUUUAAUGAACCGAGUGCUAUAUACCGAGCAUUUUAUUCAAUAGAUUCUAUGUUUUAGUAGUAUUUUUAAACUGGUGUUGACUAAUUUUUUUAGUAGAAAUAAAGGAAUUUUGAGCAGCUUCACCACCAAUAAUUAUUUGUUUAAAAGAUAAAAACCAUGUGAUUUGCUUUUAAUUAAAGGUGAAUAAAAUAUAAAAUGGAACAAA